AUGCCUCCUCCUUCACUCGCCAAUGGUCACGUGUCAAAUGAAUCGUCCCAUAAUGACGCUGGCCUGAGAUCGGACUUUGUAGCGUACAAGGAAUUGCAGCACAACGAAAUCAGAAUCGCAGAGAUCGAUCCAGUUACAGCAGACUCUCGGUCUGAACAAGUGUCAGGCCGCCUUAUCCACGUCCCACGAGACCAACCUCCCGCUUAUCAAGCCUUAUCUUACGCCUGGGGAAGGCCAUCUAAGCGAGAGACAGGUUAUAUCCUUCUCGAUGGGAUCAAACACCCGGUCACCAGGACCUUGGAGGCUGCUCUUCACAGACUUCGGCACGAGGAUGGUCAAAAGAAGUUGCUCAUCUGGGUAGAUGCACUCUGUAUCAACCAAAAUGAUCUUGGGGAGAAGGCCAGAGAGGUAGAGAGGAUGCGGCCAAUCUACGAGCGAGCGGAGCAAGUUUCGGUCUGGCUGGGCGAACACUCAGAGGAUAGCCCACUCGCAUGGAAGCUUUUGAAGGAGCUUCAUGUCGCAUCGAAUCUAACGACGGUCAUACAAAGCCACAGACUGAGAGCAUUCGACGCGCUAAAAGACCUCUUCCGUAGAGAAUAUUGGUGGCGAAUUUGGGUUGUACAAGAAGUCAAUUCAAACGAGAACACUGUUGUGUAUUGUGGAGAAGAUCACAUGUCCUGGUCAGAUCUCUUGCAGGCUUCCGGAAGAAUUGAGAAAGCUACGAGAAUUAUAUUGGAUGCAGUUUAUCACGAUCAGCCGCACUCCAUCUACACUCUUACAUCAGGUGGCCCCAGGAACCUAAGGAUCCAAAGACACUCAAAUACCAGGGCGGAUGAGAAGAAACUGCCUCUAUUGGUUGAUCUACUAUACUCGCACGAGAGUAAGCUUUCUUCUGAGGAUGUCGACAAAGUAUAUGCCCUAGUUGGACUGUCAUUAGAUCGGGAGACAUUUGGGGCCAUUGACUACAGCCUUCCAGCACGUCUUGUGUAUAUUCACACUGCUAAAUACAUCAUCACUCAAACGGAGUGCCUCAAUGUCAUCUGUCGUCAGAACAACGAUGAUAACCCCUUGUCGCUUCCAUCCUGGGUCCCGGACUGGCAGCGCAGACUCCUGUUCCCCCAUCACCGAGUCAUGCACAUGCAAUUUCGAGAGCCUUCGUAUGAAGCGGCUGGAACCACGAAAGCCAAAUUCUCUUGGCCGCCAUGGACGAAUAACUCGGAGGUCUUGCAAGCGUCAGGCUUCACAGUCUGUACCGUCAAGGACGUUGCGCACCCUUUCUACUGCCCCAUCGAUGAACGAGAUAUUCGACCGACGUUGGUAGCAUUUCAUGGCUGGUGGGAGUUCUUCGCCAACGCCAAAGGCUCCACUAUCGAUGACUGUGAAGCAUUCCAGAGGACCUUCUGUGGUGGAACAUGGGCACCACGAUACGAGGAGUUUGGACGGGAAGAUCCUUCGCAACGUGUUUCCCAGUUCGUCAGGCUCCUUUGGAAAAUGUUCCCGCGCCUAAUAGAUGGUAUGCCUCCCCUACCGACCACGCCUCUCGAAGAAGGAAUCGAUGAUGUUGAGCUUGAGAAAAGAGCGAAAGGGACAGUGGCAGCGGCUGCUCUUCGAAUGCAUGGUAAGCGGCUAGUUGUGACCGAGAGCAAGCUAGUCGGUUUUGCACCAAUGGCAGCUAGAGCUGGUGACAAGAUUGUGGUCUUGUUUGGAUGCAACUUUCCUGUAGUUCUGCGUCAACUUGAACCGAAAGCGAAAUGCCUGCAAGUGGAUGGCAAGUUCUAUGGAGGUGAACGUAUGAGCUGGGCCCUGAUAGGUGAGAUCUAUGUGGAUGGGAUUAUGUAUGGUGCAGCUAUGCGGAACUUGAAUGCUGGAAAAUAUACGGAGGAAAGCUAUUACAUCCACUGA